AAUCCCAACUUUUCGCUUUUUGCAUCUUCUGCAAAGAUUAUUAAGGCAAAUCAUGGGGAAAAAGAAAAGCCAACUUGGUGACAGAUUGGCUCUGACUUGAAUUCCUAGACCUUGUUGCUGUGUGCACGAGUGGGAACCGGGCUUCCCUUCCGUGCCCUGGUUUCUCUCGUAUAAACUACUGUUUACACUUCCCUCUUCUGUUGUCUCUCCUACACUUCUCUCUCAGAAGGCAGAUUGAUUCCAAGACUCCAAGGGUAGAGAGGUUGCUCCAUAGAUAAGAUGGGAGAAGAUGAUAUCUAUACAAAUGAUGGGACAGUGGAUAUCCAUAAGAAUCCUGCCAACAAGAGUAAAACAGGGAAUUGGAAAGCCUGCCGAUUCAUUCUUGGAAAUGAAUGUUGUGAACGUUUGGCAUACUAUGGGAUGGGGACCAAUCUGGUGAAUUAUCUUGAACAGCGUCUCAAUCAGGGAAAUGUCACUGCAUCAAACAAUGUCACAAAUUGGUCAGGCACCUGCUACAUUACACCGUUGAUUGGGGCUUUUCUAGCUGAUGCAUAUUUGGGAAGAUAUUGGACAAUUGCCGGUUUCUCAAUCAUCUAUGUCCUUGGUAUGACACUCUUAACAUUUUCUGCUUCUGUCAAUGGACUAAAGCCAUCAUGCAAUGGGGAUGUCUGCCACCCAACAGCAUCACAAUCUUCAGUCUUCUUUGUAGCCUUAUACAUGAUUGCUCUUGGUACUGGUGGAAUUAAGCCAUGUGUCUCGUCCUUUGGUGCUGAUCAGUUUGAUGAAACUGACGAAAUUGAGAGGAAGAAGAAGAGCUCUUUCUUUAACUGGUUUUACUUCUCAAUCAAUAUUGGAGCACUUGUCGCUUCCUCAGUUCUAGUAUGGAUACAAAUGAAUGUGGGCUGGGGCUGGGGUUUUGGAAUCCCAGCAACUGCAAUGGCCAUUGCGGUUGUAUUCUUCUUUUCUGGUAGUCGAAUGUAUCGCCUCCAAAAACCUGGGGGAAGUCCACUUACGAGGAUAUUUCAGGUUAUAGUUUCAUCCUUUAGAAAACUUAAGGUGAAAGUCCCUGCUCAUGAAUCCCUUCUUUAUGAGACUGCUGACCAGGAAUGCAGUAUUCAAGGAAGCCGAAAACUAGAGCACACGGAUAAGUUAAAGUUCUUUGACAAAGCUGCUGUAGAGACCCAAACUGACUAUGUUAAGGGCUCGGUAAAUCCAUGGAGACUGUGCACAGUAACUCAAGUUGAGGAGCUCAAAUCCAUUAUCAGGUUGCUUCCAAUCUGGGCAUCUGGAAUUGUGUUCUCUACUGUAUACAGUCAAAUGAGCACUAUGUUUGUUUUACAAGGCAACACAAUGGAUCAACACAUGGGCCCGCACUUCAAGAUCCCUUCCGCAUCCCUCUCCCUCUUCGAUACUCUUAGUGUUAUCUUUUGGGCUCCUGUCUAUGACAGAAUCAUUGUCCCAUAUGUAAGGAAAUUCACUGGCAAGGAGCGAGGCUUCACUCAGCUCCAACGAAUGGGGAUUGGCCUUGUCAUUUCUAUCUUCUCAAUGGUCGCUGCAGGUAUCUUGGAGGUGGUCCGGCUCAAGAUUGUCAGGAAGAACAACUACUAUGAUCUUGAGUACAUCCCCGUGUCAAUUUUCUGGCAAGUCCCACAAUAUUUCCUAAUCGGAUGUGCAGAGGUUUUCACAUUCAUUGGACAGCUGGAGUUUUUCUAUGAUCAGGCACCUGAUGCUAUGAGAAGCAUGUGCUCAGCCCUCUCGCUAACUACUGUUGCAUUAGGCAAUUAUCUGAGCACUUUGCUCGUUACCAUUGUGAGUAAAGUGACCACAAAGGAUGGGAAGCUUGGAUGGAUCCCGGAUAACCUGAACCGGGGUCAUCUUGACUAUUUCUACUGGCUCUUGGCUAUCCUCAGCCUGGUUAACUUCUUGGUCUAUCUAUGGAUUGCAAGGUGGUAUACAUACAAAAAGGCAACGGGACGCCCUUAUUGACACUGUAAAUCCUAGGAACGCCAAGAGCAAGAUGGCCCCAUUGAAAUUACCUCCUGCUUUGGAGAUUUCAGUUUAGUAUUACUAUUUGUGGAAUUUGCUGAUUUGUUAAGAUUUACUCUUAGUUUGCUUGAUUGUUUUAAAGAAGAAUGAGUACUUGUAAAUAUUGUUACAUCACAUUUAAUUCUCAAUCUAGGGCAGGGAUGACUGCUAUAUUUAAUUGGUUCAAA